UUGUUGCUCGCCGCGAAUAACAUCGUUUUGGUUGUGGUGAAAGUGUCAAGGAAUAUGAAGAGAAGAAAUGUCGAGUGCGGUAAGCUUCGGAGGCCCUUGAAACGCAACAAGCUCACCGAGGGAAUCUACGGAAGUACAUUACUUUAUUUAAAAUUUCUUCUACUAUGGGCCAUGGUAAUUUUGGCAGACUUCAUUUUAGAAUUUCGAUUUGAAUUUUUAUGGCCAUUUUGGUUACUACUCAGAAGUGUUUACGAUUCUUUUAAAUAUCAAGGCUUGGCCUUCUCUGUAUUUUUUAUUUGUAUUGCUCUUACAUCAGAUAUGAUUUGUUUCUUUUUCAUACCAGUACAUUGGUUAUUUUUUGCUGCUAGCACUUAUGUUUGGGUACAAUAUGUUUGGCAUACAGAUAAAGGUGUAUGCCUACCAACUGUGAUGUUAUGGUUACUAUUUCUAUAUAUAGAAGCAGCAGUUCGAUUAAGAGAUUUACGACAUAUGCCCUUUCAUUUGGAUCUCUGUCGACCAUUUGCAGCACAUUGCAUUGGUUAUCCUGUAGUUACAUUAGGUUUUGGCUUUAAGAGCUACAUCGGCUACAGAAUGAGACAGAGGAAGCAAAAAGAUGUAGCAAAGGAAAAUGAAUUCUAUUUACAACUAUUGCAGCAAGCACUGCCUUUAGAGCAACAAACCUCUACUACAAUACAACCAAUACAAGUUCCAUCACAAUCUCAUAUUACUACAUUAGAACAACAUGUUAAAUCACAAAAUAAUAAAUUAAAUUCACAAUGUAAUCCAAGUCCUGAAAAAAGUAGAGGUAGAAACAGUAGUAAUUCCGUAGAAACAGGUAUACAAAAUGGCAGUUUGCAUAUAGGUACACAAAUUACAUCAACAAAUCAAAAUGUAACAACAAAAAAUAAUCACAGAAAAUCCUUAGAUAAAGGUGAGAAACAAGAAGAACAACACAAUAAGCAUAAUGUAACAAAUUUAUCACAAUCUGAUAAAAAUGAUAAAAAAUUUAUACAUACAAAUGGAAAUACUAUUAAUCACAAUGACAUACAAUUCAUUGAAAGAGUUGGAUCUGUCAAUGAUUUUGAUACAAAUGAAAUAGAAAAAGAUAAAUUUAUUAAAAGCGGAAAUUGUGGUCAUACAUUAAAAUCACAGACUAAUGGUUCUGUAACAGGAAAAUGGAAUAAUAUAAAAGAAAAUCGAGAAUCAUCUUCGACUAUUAAUAAUCAACGUGAGCGAAAAACUCGUCAACUUAAAGUCACAGUUGAUAAUAUAACUGAACAGCAAAAACAACAAGAUGAAUAUUGCCAAAGGUUACUGAUGUGUCGCAGGCUUGAAGCUGACAUAAAACGUUUGAAAUCAGAUCUGCAAUCCAGUCGACAACUGGAACAAGAACUUCGUUCUCAAAUAAGUUCCUUACAAAAUGGAGAACGCCAAGCUAAGGGUGAUAUACAACAACUUCAACAUGAUAAUGAUCAAUUACAAAGCAAAUUACAUGGAUUAGUAACAGCUCGUCAAUUAGAUAAACAAACAAUGUCGUCGUUGGAAAAACGAAUUGCUGAAGAAAGAAAACAACGUACUGCUUGUGAAGCAUCUUUGGUUUCUGAGAGGCGAGCACGACGAGCUGCAGAAGAAGCACGAAUCCCGCCUCCGCCGCCGCCACUUGUUAGACAAGAAUGUACAGAUACUUGUAAAAGUCGCAGAACACAAAUGGAACAAGAUCUCAAAAAUUUACGACGAGAGCUUAAAACGAAAGAAGAUAGAUGCAAUACACUAGAAAAAGAUAUAUCGCGUUGUAAGGAAAAUCACAAAGAAUCUGAAAUUUUACUUGGUGCAUUAAAUGCGCUACAAGAUAAAACUGCGCAUUUAGAAGAUAGUUUAAGUGCAGAAACGCGUAUAAAACUUGAUUUAUUUUCUGCACUUGGUGAAGCUAAACGACAAUUAGAAAUCAGAGAAAGUUUAAUUAGAUCUCAAGAAAAGGAAAUUGAAAUAUUAAAAGCAAAAAUAGCCCAAGAUUUAGCUGUGAUGCCACAAGAUACAUUUGGACCUGCGCCAACAUGCACGACAUCUAAGCUUCGAUUAAAUAAUGAAGUACGAGUUACAGGUACAAAAAUACGUUCAAAUGAAAGUCCCUGUCCAGGGUGUACAGUGUCAAAUUUGGAUCCAAAUGCGACAGCGUAUACACCCAAAAAUUCCCUAAUAGCAUCUACCGAAGCUUGAAAAAAACAAUUUUUGGCCAUAUUAGGGCUUCAAAAAAUUGAUUAUAUAUAUUUCAUAAACAUGUUUCAGUCUGUUUCUCAAUGGAAGUUUAAAUACAAACUUAAGUUUUAUACAUACAUAUACUGUUUUAUUGAGAUCUAAUUUUUAAAUUUCAGGUAAUAAAAUAUUAGAUCUUUUUAACAUUUAUAACAUAAAGUAUAUGUGUAAUAUUUGCUUAAAGACAAUUUAUGCUACAAAUUUGUCAAUACAAAUUUCAUUAAAAGAUAUCUUUAAUAAAAGAUAUCUUUUAUAAUGUCUUCCAUGAGAGGCUUCUAGAAACAUGUUUUAUAUUGUAUUUGUCACCUGAAGUAAUACAAUGUUAUUAACUACUUAUGACCAUGGAACGUAACUAAUAUUAAAUUAUAAAAUAUUUAAAAAUUAGUUACGUUCUAUUAAACAUGCUGUAGGUUGAUCUAACAGAUACCUUUAUCUUUUUAGUAUUUAUAAAAGAUGUAUUAAAAAAGUUAAUAAAAUGAAACAACAAUGACGCAAUGCGUAAUCUAGUUAUUAUAAAUGAUUAUUAAAUUUUAAAUUAAAUUUAGUAUAUCUAUUUAGAUUGUAAUAUUUGAUAAAUUUACUGUUGAUGUUUAAAAAACUAUAUUUUACUAAUUUUUUAUUCAAAUUAUAUCGAUUUUCAUACCACACUUUCUAUUAAAAAUACGAUGUUCUAUUAUAUAAUAAUUUGUAUUUUAUAAAAAUAUAGCUAUAAAAAAAAAUAGAAAACAAUAUAAUUUGGAUCGAUAUAAUGAAUAUUUUUUUUUUUCUUAUAAAAUAGAAAAAUUGAAAAUUUAAUCUGUAUUUGAUCCUCCUACAGCAUAUGCCUAAAUCUAUGACGACUUGUUAUAGACACAAAUUUUAUUCAAGUCGUAAUCCGAAGCUAGUCCAGCAUACAAUUGUAUUUAAUGUCUUUGGCAAAUGAAGCCAUUUUAAGUCAUGUGAUCAUCCAAAACCAGCCAUUAAUAUACAUUGAAAAACCUGCCGUUAUCAUUCGAAAGAAUUGUAAAUGUCGAAAACGCCAAAUUCAUUUUGAAAUAAUCAUCAACGUAUUGAUAUUCUCUCAUUUCUAUACGUUUUUUAUAUUUUUUGAAUAUAAUCUUUUAGUUUUUUAGAAUGGUAAAAUUGUGUAUUGGCUUUCGAACGGUAUGAAAUAAGUGUUAAUAUUUCAUAAUAAUUUUUCGAAAUGUGUACAGUGUUUUAUAUAAUAGAUAGAAAUUUUGUAAAAAAAUUUUAAGUUAAGUAUAUUAUAAUUGGUAAUGAAAAUGAUGGAAAAGAUAGAUCUUUUUACUUUAAAAAUUUAUGACUCAUUUAUAUAAUGAGCUUCAAGAGAUAAAAUAAUGUAAUGCCACAUUUAUUUAUAUAUUAAAUAAUUAAAUCGUUUAUAAUUAGAUAGUUAAAUCAAUUUUCAAAUCAAAAUUCUAAUUUUUAAUAACAUUAUUAAUAUUCUAAUUAUAUAGUAUUUAGCAAUUUGGAGAAAUAAAAUGAAAAAUUUUUUUAAAUUUUCCCAUGAAUGUCUUCCUUUCACAUAUUUAGAUAUUGAAUAUAAUAUAUUCUUUUUAUAAUAUAAGAAAUUUCAUUCUUAUUAACCAAUGAUAAUAUAAUUUAGUAAAAGUUGAUUAUUAAUGAUUAUUAAUGAUUAUUAAUGAAGGUAUAUGACAUACUGUUUAUGUGAUACAUCAGUUCUCAUUGAUUUUAUACUAUUUUAUAUUAUUUUUUUAUAUAUUUAAUUUCUAGAUGUAAUAUCUAAAAACAUUAAAUUUAUUAUUUUUUUUUAAUAACUUUUAAAGAUAAUUAUUAACACAGAAUUAUAGAUAUAAAGAUAUUUAAUACAGAAUGGUGUGUAUGUAAGAGAAUUAGUAAUUAAUGUUUGAAUUUCUAAAAAAUAAUUAUUUUUCAUUUUGUAUUUUGUUCAUUGAUGAAGUUUUAAAAGACUAAUGAUAAUAUUAGAAUAUAUAUCAUUAUGCUAUUUCCUUCGAAAUAUGAUAAAAUAUCUUCAUGCAAAAAACAACAGAUAUUUUUGAAAAAAGUUGGCAUUAUAUAUAAAAGAUCUCAAUGAUGAAGAUAUGAUUUUUAUGUAUUCUUUAAAUCCGCUAGAAAGCCAGUACCUUCUUGCUUCAAUGAACAUUAUUUAACGACUGGUUGAUAUCAUAAAAGUCAUUCUUCCAUGAUUGUAUAUAUAAAGCACUGUCAUGACAAUUUAUUAAUAACAUAGUGGAUCAUGACCAACUAGUCAAGUGGAUUUCUAUAAGCACAAAUAUUUAUUAGAUAUCUAAUAUUCAUUUAAUAUUUUUGUCUUUAUUUGAAAAAGUAAUAACAAUUUUUUUUCAUAUAUUAAAUUGAAAAAUUCAUAUAGUAUUCUCAUUAAAUUAUUGAGUUCAUUAAUUAUUUUCAUGUUUCUUGGAUGAUCCACGUACUAAUUGCUAAAUAUUAAUGCACAAUGCAUAUGUUACGGGUACUUUUCAAUUUACACGAUAAUUGUAUUCAAAGCGCAAUUGUCUUGUUCAAAUACUUAUAUAAAUUGUUUUAAAAAUUACGAAUUAUUUAUGAUUUAAUAUUGAUUUACAAUAUGAAUAUUAUGUUAUAAAAAAUAUGGAUAAAAAUAAUUUUUGCUUAAAAAAUUAAAAGCAUAUCAAUACAAAAGUCGUGUAACUCUGAGAAAACCUUUGUUUCAUUUGUUAUUUUAAUAUGUAUAAACAGUGCUAAUUUUUUUUCAUCUUUAAAUUUAUGUAAACAAUUGAAGGAUUUAUAAUAUAAAUGAUCCUUGUUUCUUGAAUUUCAAUCAUAAAGUUCACUUUAUGAUUUGUUUAAAUAUAGUUCUUCUGUAAUAAUAAUUGUCUAAUAAUUAUAGCUAAUAUCAACAGAAAUUAUGUAAUAAUAUGUUUCGUUAAUUUAAGUCUAUUGAACAAAAAUUAAAGGUAUUAGAAUAUUUUUUUAUUCUUCUAAGAAAAAAAAAGAUAAAAACUGAAAGGUCGUUUUUAUUAUAAACCCUUUAAUUUUUAAAAUUUUAUAAUUCACUGAUGUUGACAAUUAAACUUAUAUUAAAUAGAAGGAUAACAUGCUUACUUUAAAAUAUUAAUGCAUCUUUAUAUUAGAUUUAUAAAAAGAAUGAUACAGUUUAUGAUCAUAUGCAUAAAACUUUCAUAUUUUCUUAAUAAUUAUCAUCUAACUAAUAUGGAAAUUUAUUUUAUGUUUAAGGUUUUUUUUAGUUAAGAUCAAUCAGACUUGUGUCUAUGUCAACUUGUAUCAUUAUGUGCAUAAGCCUUUAUAAUGUAAUGAAACAGUGUAAAUAAUUACUUAAAAUAGACUAAACGCAAAAAGAAAUUUACAUAAAUUGUAUGGGCACUUGCGUAGCAUAGUCAAAACAUUAUAUGAAGUUUAUUAAUUUAUUUUAAGUAAAAAAUUGUUCUUUUAACUCAUUUAUGAUUAUGAUUUUUCAUAUUAAUUAAUUUUUUUUAUGAAAAAGACAAAUUUUUUUCAUGAAAUUGAGAAAAAAUGUCAAAUUAAAAUUGACUACUAUAAAAAUUUAUCAUUAUUUUAUAAUAGUAGCAAAAAUGAAUUAAAAAUAUCUUAUAUCAAAUAAAGUAAAUAUUACAAACUUGUAAAUGAUAUUUUAAGGGGAAUAGAAUUUUAUCUACAAUAGAAUGUUAUUCUAUCUAUAUAAGAAAAAUAUUAUAUAAAACAGGUAAAAAAGAUACUGAAUUUGAUGUUACCAUCUUUUUAUGUAAUACAUGUGUGUUUAAGUGUAACACAUUAUAUGAAAAAAGAAAUAGAAUAAUAUCUCAAAUACAAAACAUAAAUGAGUUAAUUUGAUAAGAAAAACGUAAAAUGUGUUGUACGACAAAUAGAAAUAUUUUUUAAAAAGCGAGUAUUCUUUUUUUUUUUUUCUUUUUCUUUAUCUCUGUCUCUGUCUCUCUCUCUCUCUCUCUCUCUCUCUCUCUCUCUCUCUCUCUCUCUCUCUCUCUCUCUUAAAAUAUCGCAUUAUCAAGUGCAUGUUAAGUACCUGAUCAGGAAGUGCUGUAACGAUUGCGAUUAAUAUACUUAUUAUGGAUUUAAUUCCACUAUAAGGCUGGUUUCGUAAAUAUAUUCUUAUUAUAUAUUCUUAUUUAAUUCACUCAUAUUGUUUGUAUAAAAUUAAUGUGAUAUAUUUUAUGAGCAAGUACACACGCACAUGACUUGACACAUAACACUCAUAUGCAUGCUGUACUAUAUAUGUUUAUUUAAUUUUCAUAGCAUAUACACGUACAUUUAAUUUUUUGGAAACGAAAAUUUGAGAUUAAUUAUUUAUGCAUUAUAUGUACUUUAAAUUUUAUGAAGGGUGCUUUUUAUAUAACCCAGUGUGACUGCAUAAUAAUUAUAUUUAACAAUUUUUAAGAAAUCGCGUUUAAUAUAUAUUUUAUAGUAAAACUUUGAUGACAAUAAGAAUAUAUUGUUUUUGUUAUGGAUUUAAGUAUUUCAAAAGAAGAAUAAAAUAUGAUAAAUUUAUUACAGAUAUUAAAAUAAUUAAUAUAAAAAAAAAUACUUUUUUUUAGUGUAAAAAAUAAAUUCAUUUGAAAUAAAUUCAUAUAUAUUAAAUUAAAUUUAUAAUAAAAUAUUACAUUGUGAUAUUUUGCAACAUUAUUUUGAAAUAUAUAUAUAUAUAUAUAUAUAUAUAUAUAUAUAUGUUACAAUUUGUUUUCUCAAUGAAAUCAAUGAAAAUAUUGAUUUAAUUUUUUAAGUCCUUUUUCUAAAAUCUUUAAAUUUAAAGCUUUCUUUUAUCAUUUAAAUAAAAAAAAAUUAAUAUUUUCUUUGAUUCCUGAGAAAAUAAGUUCUAAAAUUUUAUUUAAACUACUCUGUAUAAUAAAACAAAAAUAGAUAAUCAUUCUUUUUUAUUACAUAAUUAUAACUAAAAACUAUAUGAAAUAAUGAAUAAUUAUUUAUCAAUAGUAAAAAAUGGUAUAAUUUAAUAAAAAAAGAUUUUAAAAAUCAUAUCAUGAAAUUCUAAUGCCAUAUAUAUUUUUUUUGUUAUUUCUGAUUAAUUACAUUACUAAAUACAUUGUUACUAAUUACAAUUUGAAUAAUUUUCAUUAAUAUAAUAUUUAAAUAUGUAUAUUUCUAAUUAAAUUUUAACUAAAUUUAAAAAAAAAUUGAAUUGUUUACUUUCAUCUAGAUAUCUUUAAAUGUGUUAAAAUAAUAGAAUUGAGUUUUAUGGAGUUCAUAUAUUUAAUGGUUAAAAUUUUUUUCAUAAAAAUAUAACAAAAAAUACUUGUUUCAUUAUGUUUAUGAAAUUUUAUAAAUAAAUGAUUAUAAAAAGCGAAAUGCUAAAUGUUCAUAAUAAUCCUUUGGAAAACAUACAUAUAUAGAAUCAUGUAAUGUACUUGUAUAUGCAUCUAAUAUGUUAAUAUAAUUCUGUUUCUAUAGUAUUAUGCAAUUUUUAUAAAUCAAUAAUAAAUUUGUAAAAAUAAAAUAUUACUAAAAUAGAAUCAUUUAAAUGAUUAUAAAAUAUUUUUCUUUUAAUAAUUUAUUAUUAACAUACUGUAUAUUUGAUAAAAAAGAAAUAGAAAUUAAAGAAAUUUAUUAUUUUAAGUAGUUUUAUUAAUUUAUAAAAUUAAAAUUGAUAUCUUUUCAUAAGAAAAUGAGACACGUAAAACUGUUACAAUAUUAUGAAGAUAUUCAUUAUUAUGAAACGAUAAGAAAAGAUGAAAAUGAAAAAAUGUAUUUUAUUAAAAAUAAUGUGCGUCAUGAUUGUGUGAGUGGUAUUAAGAAAAAAGGUUUUUUUGAAAGUAAUUUUGCGAAACAUUAAAUUUAAAACAUGCAAUCAUUAUUUUUUAUAACUAUAUUAAUAUUGCAAACAUAUAUUCAAAAUACUUCUUUAAAUUGUAUUUCUCUGAUAGACUAUGUAUAGUUGAUAAACAAUUUUUUUUAGAAAAAGAUGUACAAAUAUUCAUUGUAUCAAUCGUUAAAAAUUAGAAAUAAUGUAAUUUA